AUGGCCCCCAUCGCGACCGAGACCCAGCCCGAGACCGCCCUGCCCUCAGUGCAGGACCUCAAGAUAUCCAACAACGCCAAUGGCAACAAGGACACGGUCCAGCCGGCUAAGAAGAAGCUGCAGUGGUUCUCCGAGACUGGCCUCCCCAAGUCCGCCUACCCGUACGAGCACCUUCUCCCCUCCUUCGACCGCGAUGUGACGUACGGAACUCUCGAGCCGUUCGAGCACGUCGACCCCGGCCAUGCCGCAAAGGAGCACUCCGACCCGCGCGCCUUCCUCGCCGAGGCUGACAUCGACCUCCUUACUCCCGACUUCGGCUCGGAGGUCUCUGGAGUGCAGCUGCACAAGCUCGACGCUGCCGGCCGCCAGCAGCUUGCCCUCUACGUUGCUCAGCGCGGUGUUGUCGCUUUCCGUGACCAGGACUUCAUCGACCAGGACCCGAGCUGGCAAGUCAACGACUGGGGAUCUUUCUUCGGACGCAACCACAUCCACCCCACCAGCGGCCAGCCCAAGGGCUACCCCGAGCUUCACCUCGUUUACCGCGCCUGGGGCGAGGACCCGGGAGACGGACUCGACAAGCGUAGCGGCAGCUCCAGCGCGCCUCCUGGCCGCGUCUCCUCGGUUGGCUGGCACAGCGACGUCAGCUACGAGCUGCAGCCUCCUGGUCUCACCGCUCUGUGGCUCUACGACUCUCCCACCUCUGGCGGCGACACGGCUUACGUCGACGCUCGUGCGGCGUACAACCGCCUUUCGCCCAGCUUCCAGGCGUAUCUCGAGACGCUCCACGUCGUGCACUCGGGCCACGAGCAGGCCAACUUCUCCCGCGAGCGCGGCGCGGACCCCAAGCUGACGGCGUACGCGCACGUACGCCGCGAACCCGUCAAGAACAUCCACCCGCUCGUGCGCCGCCACCCCGUCACUGGCGAGAAGGCGCUGUACGUGAACCGCGUGUUCUCGCGCAAGAUUGUCGAGCUCAAGGACGAGGAGAGCUCCGCGCUCCUCGAGCUGCUGUACCAGAUCAUCGAGCGCGGACUCGACUUCCAGGUCCGUGUGCGUUGGCGCCCCCGCACCGUCGUUCUCUGGGACAACCGCAUCACGGCGCACAGCGCGCUCGCUGACUUUGACGGCGUCCCCGGCAGCCGCAGGCACGGCGCACGCGUGACGCCUCAGGCGGAGAGGCCGUUCCUCUAA